GGCGGCCGGAGCCCAUGAGCGCCAUGCGCCUGCUGACACUCGCCCUGCUCUUCUCCUGCUCCGUCGCCCGCGCCGCGUGCGACCCCAAGAUCGUCAACAUCGGCGCGGUGCUGAGCACGCGGAAGCACGAGCAGAUGUUCCGCGAGGCCGUGAACCAGGCCAACAAGCGGCAUGGCUCCUGGAAGAUCCAGCUCAACGCCACCUCGGUCACCCACAAGCCCAACGCCAUCCAGAUGGCCCUGUCGGUGUGCGAGGACCUCAUCUCCAGCCAGGUCUACGCCAUCCUAGUUAGCCACCCACCUACCCCCAACGACCACUUCACUCCCACCCCUGUCUCCUACACCGCCGGCUUCUACCGCAUCCCCGUCCUGGGGCUGACCACCCGCAUGUCCAUCUACUCAGACAAGAGCAUCCACCUGAGCUUCCUGCGCACCGUGCCGCCCUACUCCCACCAGUCGAGCGUCUGGUUCGAGAUGAUGCGCGUCUACAGCUGGAACCACGUCAUCCUGCUGGUCAGCGACGACCACGAGGGCCGGGCGGCGCAGAAGCGCCUGGAGACGCUGCUGGAGGAGCGCGAGUCCAAGGCGGAGAAGGUGCUGCAGUUCGACCCGGGGACCAAGAACGUGACGGCGCUGCUGAUGGAGGCUCGAGAGCUGGAGGCCCGGGUCAUCAUCCUCUCGGCCAGCGAGGACGACGCUGCCACCGUGUACCGCGCAGCCGCGAUGCUGAACAUGACGGGCUCGGGGUACGUGUGGCUGGUUGGGGAGCGCGAGAUCUCGGGGAACGCCCUGCGCUACGCCCCGGACGGCAUCAUCGGGCUGCAGCUCAUCAACGGCAAGAACGAGUCCGCACACAUCAGCGACGCCGUGGGCGUGGUGGCGCAGGCGGUGCACGACCUCCUGGAGAAGGAGAACAUCACCGACCCCCCGCGCGGCUGCGUGGGCAACACCAACAUCUGGAAGACCGGGCCGCUCUUCAAGAGAGUGCUGAUGUCUUCCAAGUAUGCGGACGGGGUGACCGGCCGCGUGGAGUUCAACGAGGACGGGGACCGGAAGUUUGCCAACUACAGCAUCAUGAACCUGCAGAACCGCAAGCUGGUGCAAGUGGGCAUCUACAACGGCACCCACGUCAUCCCUAAUGACAGAAAGAUCAUCUGGCCAGGUGGUGAGACGGAGAAGCCUCGGGGGUACCAGAUGUCCACCAGACUAAAGAUUGUGACGAUCCACCAGGAGCCCUUCGUGUACGUCAAGCCCACGCUGAGCGACGGGACGUGCAGAGAGGAGUUCACGGUCAACGGCGACCCGGUCAAGAAGGUGAUCUGCACCGGGCCCAACGACACGUCGCCGGGCAGCCCGCGCCACACGGUGCCGCAGUGCUGCUACGGCUUCUGCAUCGACCUGCUCAUCAAGCUGGCGCGCACCAUGAACUUCACCUACGAGGUGCACCUGGUCGCCGACGGCAAGUUCGGCACGCAGGAGCGGGUGAACAACAGCAACAAGAAGGAGUGGAACGGGAUGAUGGGCGAGCUGCUCAGCGGGCAGGCGGACAUGAUCGUGGCGCCGCUGACCAUCAACAACGAGCGGGCACAGUACAUCGAGUUCUCCAAGCCCUUCAAGUACCAGGGCCUGACCAUUCUGGUCAAGAAGGAGAUCCCCCGGAGCACGCUGGACUCGUUCAUGCAGCCCUUUCAGAGCACCCUGUGGCUGCUGGUGGGACUGUCAGUGCACGUGGUGGCUGUGAUGCUGUACCUGCUGGACCGCUUCAGCCCCUUUGGUCGGUUCAAGGUGAACAGUGAGGAAGAGGAGGAGGACGCGCUGACCCUGUCCUCGGCCAUGUGGUUCUCCUGGGGCGUCCUGCUCAACUCUGGCAUUGGGGAAGGUGCCCCCCGAAGCUUCUCAGCACGCAUCCUGGGCAUGGUGUGGGCCGGCUUUGCCAUGAUCAUCGUGGCCUCCUACACUGCCAACCUGGCAGCCUUCCUGGUGCUGGACCGGCCAGAGGAGCGCAUUACGGGCAUCAACGACCCACGGCUGAGGAACCCCUCGGACAAGUUCAUCUACGCAACCGUGAAGCAGAGCUCUGUGGACAUCUACUUCCGGCGCCAGGUGGAGCUGAGCACUAUGUACCGGCACAUGGAGAAACACAACUACGAGAGCGCAGCGGAGGCCAUCCAGGCCGUGAGGGACAACAAGCUGCAUGCCUUCAUCUGGGACUCAGCCGUGCUGGAGUUCGAGGCCUCGCAGAAGUGUGACCUGGUGACUACAGGCGAGCUGUUCUUCCGCUCAGGCUUCGGCAUAGGCAUGCGCAAGGACAGCCCCUGGAAGCAGAACGUCUCCCUGUCCAUCCUCAAGUCCCAUGAGAAUGGCUUCAUGGAAGACCUGGACAAGACGUGGGUUCGUUACCAGGAAUGUGACUCGCGCAGCAACGCCCCCGCGACCCUCACUUUUGAGAACAUGGCAGGGGUCUUCAUGCUGGUGGCUGGGGGCAUCGUGGCUGGGAUCUUCCUGAUUUUCAUCGAGAUUGCCUACAAGCGGCACAAGGACGCCCGCCGGAAGCAGAUGCAGCUGGCCUUCGCGGCAGUGAACGUGUGGAGGAAGAACCUGCAGCAGUACCAUCCCUCUGAUAUCUCGGGCCCGCUCAACCUCUCAGAUCCCUCGGUCAGCACCGUGGUGUGAGGCCCCCGGAGGCGCCCACCUGCCCAGUUAGCCCGGCCAAGGACACUGAUGGGUCCUGCUGCUCGGGAAGGCCUGAGGGAAGCCCACCCGCCCCAGAGACUGCCCACGCUGGGCCUCCGGGCUGUGCGCCCACCCGCCCUACUGCCUGGCGGGCAGCUCCUGCCGGACCGAGGUGCGGACCGGAGCGGCUGAGGACGGGUCAGAGCUGAGCCGGCUGGGCAGGGCCGCAGGGCGCUCCGGCAGAGGCAGGGCCCUGGGGGCUCUGAGCAGUGGGGAGAGGGCCUGACCGCCCGGCGGAGGGGCUUGGAGCAGAGACGGCAGUCCCGCCCUGCGCCACCGCGGGGGCCACAGCCCCAGCUGGCCGGGUCGCCCUCUUCCAGCGCCUGCGCUCCUCGGCAGCCUGAGCUCCACCCUCUCCUCUUCCUGCUGCACCCCACCCACGCCCCACCUCCCCUGGACCCCGCGCCGGCUGGCCCUGCCCCUCUCCCACGGCCGUCCCUGACUCCCCAGCUGGCAGCGC